UCUGGAUUUGGAGGGGCGGGGAAGAGGAUCAGGGUGCUGUGGGGUAGAACAGGGGCCCUGCCAUGGGGUGAGCUGGAUGCCUGGGUCUAUAGCAGUGGGUGGAUGGGGGGCACACUCAGAGGCGGAGCUGUCCAGGAGAAGCCCUACCCCCAGUCGGUGUCUCCCCCGCCCCACAGGGAAAGCCCAGCGGGUCAGAAUCGGAGCAGGAGUGGCACAGUUGGGCCUGCAGAUGGAGAUGGCCCAGUGUGAGGUCAUGGCUGAUGAGGUCUCCCUAGAGGCGGCCCAGGAGUGGAUCUGCAACACCCAGCGCCGCUCCCUGCUGCUCAAGGCCUAUGCGGCCCGCACGACCAAGGAGCGCCAGCAGCUGCAGGGCAGCGUAACCCAGUUGGGGGUGUGGCUGGAGCAGCUGCAGGACAUCAGCAGAAAGGCCAAGGGGGAGCUGACAGUGGGAGGGAAGGUGCCUGACCUUGGAUUUGCUGGCGUGGAGCCUGAAGUACUGCGGGACGUGCGGACGGCCUGGCAGCUGCGCUUCCACUUCCUGAAGUUGCUCUUCGAGCACAGCAUGUCUGGGGCCCUCCCGACAUCGUGGGUUCCCACCCUCCCAACCACAUCCUGGCAGCCCUGGAGCACCUGGCCCUGGAGAACACCCUGCAGAUGCAAGAGCUCACCUGCCGGGGAGGGGAGAGGGGGAUAGCUCAGUGGUUUGAGCAUUGGCCUGCUAAACCCAGGGUUGUGAGUUCAGUCCUUGUGGGGGUCACUUAGGGAUCUGGGGCAAAAAUCAGUACUUGGUCCUGCUAGUGAAGGCAGGGGGCUGGACUCGAUGACCUUUCAAGGUUCCUUCCAGUUCUAGGAGAUAGGAUAGGAUAUUCCCCGCGACAUAGAGGCGCUCAAGUAGGUACCACGAAGGGGGUGGUAGUGUGGGUGCAUGGUGCUGUACGGAGCCGUCGUCCCCCAGGGGUGGUGGCCUGUUUUGGGGGGGCAGAGUCAGAGUUUGGGAGAAGGGGGUGGUGUGGAGCUUUGACCCCCUGGUGGUGGAAGCUUGUACUGCAGGGGGCAGAGUCAGGGCUCUGUGGGGCUGUCACCCCAGCGGUGCUGCAGUGACCCAUGG